AAAAAGAAUUAAGAAAACGAAAAACUACAACAGAAUGCACAUAAUAUCAGACAAUAGGAUAAAAUUGAAACAUCAAAAAAGGAAAGGAUAAGACUUAAAAAUGCAUUGGUGAAAAGAAAAAAAAAACAACAACUUAAAAGUGCAUCAUUUAUAGGCUGGGGUUUCGUCUGAAUUAAUUAAAUUCGAAAAUAAUUCGCCCGCAUAAUACACGACGACGUUUUAGUAAAACUAAUACCUCCACUCUAUGUGGUAUCUUAACCCUAAAAAAUUCGAAGAAAUAACAUAGCCGGAAAAAACGAGACGACGAUCGAGGAACGGAAGAGAAGAAAGAGAAUGGAGGACGGAGAAAUAGUGGAAGGAUUAGCAAUGGAAGAGGAACCGGAGACAAAGAAUGGGAAAUCACCUUACGAGAUGCUUCGAGAAUCCAAAUCUUCUGUGGAAGAAAUCAUCUCUCAAAUUCUAUCCAUUAAGAAGGAUAAAAAACCUAAAUCGGAGCUCAGGGAACUCGUUACUCAAAUGUUUCUCCACUUUGUCACUCUCCGCCAGGCGAAUCGAUCGAUUUUACUAGAAGAGGACAAAGUGAAAGCGGAAACGGAACGAGCAAAAGCGCCGGUAGAUUUCACGACAUUGCAACUUCACAAUUUGCUGUAUGAGAAGAGUCAUUAUGUAAAAGCUAUAAAAGCAUGCAAAGAUUUCAAGUCUAAGUAUCCUGAUAUUGACCUUGUUCCUCAAGAAGAUUUUAUGCGUCAUGCUCCUGAUCAUAUUAAAGGUCCUGUUUUGUCUCAUGAUAGUUCUCACAAUCUGAUGCUUAAAAGACUCAAUUAUGAGCUCCACCAGCGAAAAGAAUUGUGUAAACUUCAUGAGAAACUAGAACAAAGAAAGAAAAGUUUGUUGGAGAUUAUUGCCAACCGGAAGAAGUUCUUGUCGAGUUUACCUUCACAUCUUAAGUCGCUUAAGAAAGCAUCGCUGCCCGUACAGACUCAGUUAGGGGUUUUGCACUCGAAGAAAUUAAAGCAGCAGAAUUCAGCGGAGUUACUUCCACCCCCUCUUUAUGUGGUUUACUCUCAAUUUGUGGCUCAAAAGGAAGCUUUUGGCGAAUGUAUUGAUUUGGAGAUUGUUGGAAGUUUGAAAGAUGCACAAGCUUUUGCUAGACAGCAAGCAAAUAAGGAUACUGCUGGCACAUCUACCAAUGUAGAGGCUGCGAGGUUAGACGAUGAUGCCCCUGAUGAGGAAGAUGAUGGCCAGAGAAGGAGAAAACGGCCAAGGAGGGUCCCAAGCAAGGAAAAUUUGGAUCAUGCAGGAGUAUAUCAAGCUCAUCCACUUAAGAUCACACUUCAUAUAUAUGAUGAUGAGGUUUCUGAUCCAAAGUCUUCAAAGCUUAUCACUUUGAGGUUUGAAUACUUGUUCAAGUUGAAUGUUGUGUGUGCUGGGGUUGAUGGAUUCCAUGAAGGACCUGAGAAUAACGUCUUAUGCAACUUAUUUCCUGAUGACACUGGUGUUGAGCUUCCUCACCAGUCAGCAAAGCUCUUUGUUGGAGAUGCCCCUGCAUUUGAUGAAACUAGAACUUCACGUCCCUAUAAGUGGGCUCAGCAUUUGGCAGGGAUUGAUUUCUUACCAGAGGUUGCACCGCUUCUUAGUGGCCAUGAAACUGCAAGCAGUGAAACAGCAAAAAAUGAUGUUGUAUCGGGUUUGUCACUAUAUCGUCAGCAGAAUCGAGUCCAAACUGUUGUGCAAAGAAUUCGUUCUCGGAAAAGGGCUCAGCUGGCUCUUGUGGAACAGCUUGAUUCACUUGUGAAGCUUAAAUGGCCUUCUUUGAAUUGUGAAAGCGUUCCAUGGGCUUUACAUGCACCCUUAUGCAAUCUGGAUGGUUGGUCACGUUCUGGGCCCCCAUGUAAUCAGACUUCAUCUGAGCCUGUCAUUGACACAGAUCUAGUACAGGAACCCAUGGAUGUUGAUGUUGAUAGAAGAUCUGGCACUUCAAAGGAAGAGUCUGAGAGUGCCAGAGAAGAUGGGGAGCUUCCAUCCUUGGUUGCUCCUGUUAUGAAUGACGUUAAGCUUACUCCUUCAAAAAUAUCUACUAUAGAGCAUACUAAGCAGCUGUCUUUAAUUUCAAAGAGCAUAAUAUCACCCAUUAGUAAGGGAAAAUCACAAAGUUUGAAAAAAUAUGAUGAAGAUUCGGAUUUUUUACUGGACAUAGAAAGUGAUAAGGAUGAGAUCGCAACACUUGAGCUAGAGGUAGAAAAUGAAGCUUCUGCUCAAUGCUGUAAGAUGGCCAAGAAGUUGUGGGUGGACUAUGGGGUUAAAGAAUUUUCUCUUGUUUUGACAAGGAAGGUGAAUGCUGAAGGAAAGAGUGUAAAAUUAGAAGCAAAGGUUAAGAUCAGCAAGGAGUAUCCUCUUAGGCCUCCUUUUUUUGCUGUGAGCCUCUACCCUACUGGAGAAAAAAAGGACGGAAAUGAUGGAUCAGGAUGGUGCAAUGAGCUCCGUGCCAUGGAAGCAGAGGUCAAUCUUCAUAUGCUAAGGAUGCUACCAUCUGAUCAAGAAAACUAUAUCAUAGCUCAUCAAGUGCGAUGUCUUGCAAUGUUGUUUGACUAUUUCAUGGAUGAGGAAUCCCCAUUUGAGAAAAGGAGUACUUCUGUGGUAGAUGUUGGUUUGUGUAAGCCUGUAAUUGGCAGGCUUCUUGCCAGAUCGUUCAGAGGAAGGGAUCGCAGGAAGAUGAUAUCAUGGAAAGAUAUGGAAUGUACUUCUGGCUAUCCAUACUAACAUUAGAAAAAAUUUUGGGCACACAGAUGACCAUAUAGGAAUUAUAUCUGCUACCUGUCAGGUGGGGGCAGGAGUAAACUAAAGGAAGGUACGCUUGGAAAAUUCAGGAUGAUAAGUUAAAUUGCUGACCUGAAGGAUUGUUCUGAGUUUGCCUGCUGUAUAAAUUGUUGGAUCCGCUGCUGGUGUGAAUCCAUGAAUUUUAGGGUUUAAGUCUUUGCCAAGGUUCUUGUCAUUGUCAGUAUGCAGUGGCAUUCAUUGCCAGUUUUGGGUCACUGGUAAGGAACCUAUGCACUUAUAAAGCAGUUAUCGUUAUGUUGUAAGGGUGAGAAUCUCAUCGUAAUGAGUUGAAAAAUGGUGGCAUGUUCUUCUGGUACUGAUCUUCUGCAUGUCAUUGUGAAAGCUUCAAGUUAGGAACAAGGUUUUGAGAUGGUGAAUAAACUGAACUCUCUGAUCACAUGACUCUUACGCUCCUGAGUCUCAGCGUCUUUAAUUGGGACCAAUUAGAACGGUUCGGAAAAUGUUUUGUGCUCUAAUUCAAUUUUAGAUAUUCAGUCUUCCAAGUCUUAAUAAGAACGAAAAAUUCACUCCCUUGUGGUUA